GACGGCUGUGAUGUCAGAAGGUUCUUUAGAAGGAUGGGAUCUAGCCGCUACCAUUAAAGAGGUACGACAAUGGCUCAGCUGGGCGCUGUGGUGGCAGUGGUAACGGCUCUGGUUGCCAUGAUUCUUCACGUAUCCAUACACAAGGUGGAGGAGGGACACCUCGCUGUAUAUUACAGAGGGGGUGCUUUGCUAAGUGUUCCCACCGGACCUGGGUACCAUAUCAUGCUUCCUUUCAUCACCAGCUUUAGAUCGGUUCAGACAACACUACAAACCGAUGAAGUUAAAAAUGUACCUUGCGGAACCAGUGGUGGGGUUAUGAUCUACUUUGACCAAAUUGAGGUUGUGAAUAUGCUGUCUCCUUCUGCAGUGUUUGACGUGGUAAGAAACUACACAGCAGAUUACGACAAGACACUAAUAUUUAACAAAAUCCACCAUGAACUUAACCAGUUUUGCAGUUCACAUACACUACAUGAGGUCUACAUUGAGCUGUUCGAUCAGAUUGAUGAGAAUCUAAAACUGUCGCUGCAGAAGGAACUCAAUGUAAUGGCACCAGGACUUACUAUACAGGCCGUGCGUGUUACAAAGCCAAAAAUUCCAGAGGCCAUCAGGAGAAACUUUGAGCUCAUGGAAGGGGAGAAAACGAAGCUCCUAAUUGCAGCACAGAGGCAGAAAGUUGUUGAGAAAGAAGCAGAAACUGAAAGGAAGAAAGCUGUGAUAGAGGCAGAGAAGUUUGCGCAAGUGGCUAAAAUUCAUUUCCAGCAGAAAGUCAUGGAGAAAGAAACAGAAAAACGAAUUUCUGAGAUUGAAGAUUCAGCUUACUUGGCAAGAGAACGGGGACGAGCAGACGCUGAAUAUUAUACUGCUCAAAAAAUUGCUGAAGCUAACAAGGCAAAGCUGACACCUGAGUAUCUGGAACUCAUGAAAUAUCAGGCCAUCUCCGCCAACAGCAAAGUUUACUUUGGCACUGAUAUCCCUAGUAUGUUCCUGGAUUCCUUCUCCUUCAAACCUUCUAUAGAGCAUCAAGAAGAAAGAACGGGCAAAACAGAGGGUCGCAAAAGCCGAAAAGCAUAAACGUCUCAACUAGACCAAAAACCAUGUUACCGAUUAAACAGGAUUUGAUGUUGGCAAACGUCCCAAAAGAGCACAGCGCUGGUCUGGAGAAGAACCAAUGACCAUGCAAACUGCCAUCUACCCUCUUGUGCUGCACUGCAUUUUUAUUGUUUUCAUUCCCUCUCUUUAUUAAGCUGCCAAUUGGUUAUUCACUUUCACUAAUUGAUUUUGAGGUUUAAGAUUUUAGCCUGCAGUUUGGGCUAUUUGUUUGGAAAAGUUUGGUUUAUUGUUUGUGUUUGUGCUAGAUUUGAAUAAGCAACCGCACUAGGUUUUGCCUAGAAUACUACAGCCUUGUCAUACACACCGAAAUCAUAUGUUACCAAACGACCUGUGAAUGUGUGUUAGAUUUUCUUUAUUAAAAAUGCUUUGUUUUAAAAUUGUGGCAAUAUAAACUACUAAACUUGAAGCAGCAUA